AUGCUGGAAAUUCUGAUAUUUACCCUAACUAUCCUGAAUUCAAUUUUUGCUGUUGAAAACCCAGGAUUCUCAGCCAAAAGCAAAGACGCAAUUGUCUCGCUUCACAACGAUUUUCGAAGCAAAUGUGCUCGUGGAGUUUUGCUCGACAAAAACGGUCAAAAAAUCGGGCCAGCCAAAAAUAUGCGAAAACUCUAUUGGUCAAAUGUGCUCGAAAAAUCAGCGCAAAAUUUCGCACAACUUCAUCCAAAUGGCCCAAAUUUGGAAUAUUUCGGCAAUCUUACAGUGAAUAUCGAUUAUUUUGAGACAACUCAAAGAAUUUCAAAUUGUCAAGAAAUCGCGCUGAAAGCGGGCCUUAAUUGGAGGGACCGAAUAGGCAGUGCCACGUGGAAAGGCCCAGUUAUAACUAGAGAAUAUUUGGAGGAAAUGGAUGAAUCUUUGAGAAUGUUAUGGGCUGAAACAACUGAAAUUGGAUGUGGACUGAGUUCGAAAAUUCGGCCUGGAAAGCCUAGUGAAAUUUAUGUUGUUUGUAUUUAUCAUCCGGGUGGUUUGGAUGUGGGAGCUGAGAUUUUCAAAAGUGGAAAAACUUGUUCUGGUUGCCCAGCGAAUACUAAAUGUGAAGAGAAUACUGGACUUUGUAUUUGA